GUUUGAAUGUGGAUAGUGGUCGGCAACAGACGGACAAUGGUCCCGACGAUCAGGAAAAAGGACAUCUUUCGCCAUAUGAUAGUAGCGCUGGCAGUAAGCUUACAGUUUUGUUGUGCGGUACUCCCCAGAGAACACUCCAACAGUUCACUAGUUAUGAUUCUCACUCUUUUUCGGCAUGGUGCUCGAAGCCCAAUAAUUACGCUUCCUUCGGACCAGCAUGCAAAUUUUCCAUGGGAAGGAGGACUGGAAGCUUUGCAACCGCAAGGCUACGAGGAACUGUACACCUUGGGUCAGAAUAUGCGGGAGCGGUACAGUUAUUUUAUUCCGAAAAGUGUGUUCAAGAUUAAACAUAGUAUUUACGCAGCUAGCAGUAGCACUGAACGAUGCAUAAACAGUGCACAAAGCUUCCUGACCGGAUUGCUGAAAACUUCUAACAGUUCUGCGAUCAGGCAUCAACCGGUACCAUUACAUAUAAUCCUCCCGGAUGAAGACACCUUUCUUUUACAAAACAGAGCAUGUGAAAGGGCAAAACAAGUCUGGAAACAAUUCGAAUUUGAGCGGAAUUCCGAAUUUUAUUUGUGGUUCCAAGAGGGAGCGGCCUUACAGAAAAUCAUAGGUCAGAGGACUGGUGUUCCCGUAACAACUCUGAAGAAUCUAGCGUUGAUCUGCGAUACACUAAACAUCUAUCACAGUUUUGGUCUCAAACUGCCGGACUGGGCACACGAAGUGUUCCCGGAAAGAACUCAAGCGUUCUUGCUAGGUUUUCUGCUGUCCUAUACCGGUAAUCAAGAACUUAAACAUAUUCGCGGAGGUGCUAUUUUAAAGGAGUUUGUGGGCAAAAUGUUAGCAGUGCGCGAUGGAAAAACAAAACCAAAACGAAAAAUGUUCUUCUAUUCAGGUCACGACUUGAGUCAGAUUAGUUUAUUCAACAGUAUUGGUCUUAAAGAACUAGUCGUCCAUCGACCCGAGUGUGGGUCGGCUGUUGUUUUUGAAUUACACAGAAGUAAAACGUUUCGAAAAGAUCUAGAGGUAAGAAUGCUAUACUAUAAGAAUGCCUAUGUAACCAGUCCAACGAAACAUGAAAUACCUAACUGUCCCGAACCUUGCCAAUUGGCAAAAUUUGUACAAACUGUUGAACACCUUUUGUCUAGCGAUUAUGAUAAGCUAUGUUAUGUUAAAUAAAACAAU